UCAUCUGCCAGUAGAAACAGACAGACGACAGUCAUACGCGAUUGGAAAUCAAUGGAAACCGAGCGCUUCUAAGUGCGCGUUCUUUUCCCAUCCGCAUAAUGAGUCCAGAAUUAAUCGAUUGAUGCCUUCACGAGAAGAAAGGAAUCAGCGAAUAUAGUAUGAAUGUAACUAAAACUGCAGUUGGAAGUGGGUUCUUCUUGUUAUUAACGAAAUUAUUGCAAUCUGAAGCGACCGUCGAUGUAAAACAAUUCACCCAGUAUUCACUGCAAGAUUGCUUGAGAUGUACUAAUACGUGCAUGAACAAAACGUCUGCCUAGCUGAGUGUAACAAUGGAGGACCAAAUUGAUAGUGGUAGAACUGCUGAUGAUGGUGUCCCCGCCGGUGCAGAUGGUACCGAUAAUCCGGAACAAGACGACAUUUCUGUGGCGGAAACGGACCCGGAAGUUGAUGAGCGGGCCUCUUCCGGUCACAGCGAAGACCUCUUUAAAAUCGUUGCUGCUAUAGACUUUGGAACCACGUUCAGCGGAUAUGCUUAUUCGUUCGCAGACGAAAAACAACGAAUAUACACCAACAAAAAUUGGGGACAGACGCAGGGGUUUCUGCUUCACAAGACGCCCACGUGCCUUCUGCUGCGACCGGAUGGAGAAUUCGAGGCGUUUGGCUUCGAGGCGGUGUCGAGGUACAAUGAUCUUAGCGAGGAAGAGGCGGAGGAGUAUUAUUUCUAUGACCGCUUCAAGAUGAAGCUCUUCGACAACAAGGACCUUCACACGGAUAUCUUAUUGGAGGAGGUGCGCGGGAAACAGCAGAUGGCCGUGCACGUGUUUGCCAUGUCCUUGCGCUACAUGCGUGAGCACCUGUUGCGCGCGAUGAAGACCAACCUUGACCUUGACCCCGACCCUAGCGACGUCCGCUGGGUUCUCACCGUGCCGGCCAUCUGGGACGAGAACUCUAAACAGUUCAUGCGCGAGGCGGCACAUCGGGGACGCUUGAUAGAUAGUCUCUACAGCAAUCAGCUUGUAAUAGCACUGGAACCGGAAGCAGCUUCGCUGUAUUGUAGAACACUUCCGGUGGGCAUGUUAGGUUCCAGCGUCGACGCUGGCGCCCGGCCCAGCUUCGAGCCUGGCACCAAGUACCUUGUCGUCGAUGCUGGAGGUGGCACAAUCGACAUCGUUGCUCACAAGAUAAGGAAGGACGGUCGUAUCCGGGAGCUCUUCCGGGCCACUGGGGGCGCGUGGGGCGGCACUAUGAUUGACACUCAGUUCCUUAACCUGCUCAAUAAGAUAUUCGGAGAAGAUUUUAUGCGCGCAUUCAAAAACGAAUGUCCCAAAGACUUCGUGGAGCUUUUACAGGAUUUCGAAAUCAAGAAACGUAGCGAGUGCGACACCCUUCGCGUUUCACUUCCAUACAACUUUUGCAACUUCCGUCAUUUUGGCCGGUCUGUUCAAGAGUGCAUAAAAUCGUUUGCCGCGCAGGCGGAAGCGGAAAUAAAAUUUUCGUCUGGAAAAUUCGUGAUGUCUUCUGCGGUUGUGGACGAACUUUUCCAGGACUCCCUGGCACAGAUCAACGGCCACAUCGCUUCCUUGAUGCGGCGUUCGAGAUUGAAGGACGUCAAGUACAUAUUUCUGGUUGGAGGAUUCGCAGAAUCGGCUCGGCUGCAGAGGUCAAUCAAGGACGAGUUCAGCAAUGAGAAUGUCAGUGUCCUGAUUCCAGAAGAGGCGAGUCUGGCGGUGGUACGGGGCGCCGUCGCAUUCGGGCGCGACCCAAGCUGCAUUUGCCAGCGGAUAUGCCGCUACACGUAUGGCGUCGGCUCCUAUCUACCCUUUGAGAACGGUGUGCACCGAGCGGACCUCCGGGUGGAAUCGGACGGCAUGGUGCUCUGCAAGAAUAUCCUGCAGGUGUGGGCGGAGGCCGGGGAGGUGAUCGGACAUAACGAGAUCUGGAAGGAGACCUACACGCCGAUAAUCACCAACCAAAAGGGCAUCAUAUUCGAGUUCUAUAAGUCCAUGCGCCGGAAGGUGAAGUACACUGACGAGCCGGAAGUGGUGAAGUGCGGCUGCCUCGUGGUGGAGAUGCCGAAUAUGACGGGAGACAAGGCGCGCUCCGUCGACCUCGAGGUGAUAUUCGGCGGCACCGAGAUCCGCGUGGUGGGCUACGACCACACGAGCAACACUACGAGGGAGACGUACAUUGACUUUCUUACAACGUAGGCAUUAUUACAUGGGUCGCAUUCACUUUACACCAUAUCUCACAAAUAACUACAUGCUUAUGUAUUAAUCUAUUAAAGCAUGAGUAUUUUUAAGCUGUGUUUGAACCUGUUCAAUCCAUGGUAAAAUCAUAUACGACACAUUUAAAUUCAGUUUAAACUCAAAUAAGUAAUAAUUAUUCUUCUUACAUUCCAAAAAGUAUUUUCCUUGUUAGUAAUGUGAAAUGUGAAUGAAUGAAUACCUGUUUUUGUUUUGCUUUUACCAACUUAAUCAUAUGUGUAUGAAAAAGAUGCUAAUGCUCGGAUAAAACUUGUUUCAAUUUGUUAAUGGAAACGCGUUCAUAAAUCUAUAAGAAGAACGUUUCGGCCAAUAAUAACACACUUUCUUUUUUUUCGAAGAAAAAAAAAACCGUUCAUUUUUUUACCUGCAUGAUUCAACCAAUUGUAUUCGCUUUUGAAUAUUUGCGUUUAUUUAAAAGCCUCAAUAAAUAUAUAUCCAAAGAGUGUUGUGUAAGUACAAGUGUUGUACAUGUUCUGUUGUUGUAUAUUAAAAUAUGUAUGA